AUGAUCCAUUCCGAGGCCAUCUCCGGCCCUAUUACCGAGAUCUCUGCUAUUCCCAACAGACUGAGAUUAGAAGAAAACCUGGAAGUCAAUGGUAUGGAGAAAGUGACUGAGACCAGUAAUACAUACUCCCCAACAGAUCAAAAUGAGCAGAAUGAUGCUGAAUCAACGACCAAAAAGCCAAAGUCGCUUUCCUUCAAGCUCGCGUUCAUAGGGCUCGCAGCGACUCUUUUCGUGUUCCAGUUGGAUGCCACAUGCCUAAGCAUUGCCCUUCCAUCCAUUGCUGGUGAUCUAAAGGCCUCGAGUCUAGAGUCAUUCUGGGCAAACCUGGCCUAUACUCUUUGUGGUCUAGUAAUGCAACCGGUUUGGGCCAGUAUCUCCAACGAGUUCGGUCGCAAACCCCCUCUUUAUAUAUCCAUUGGAUUGUUCUUCAUCGGUUCCAUCGUCUUCGCUACGGCGCAAAAUAUGGGCACCAUAAUUGUUGGGCGAGUCCUCCAGGGUCUCGGUGGCGGCGGGAUCGAUGUCUUAGUGCAGGUGAUUCUCGCAGAUAUGACAACACUAGAGGAACGCUCGACAUAUCUAGGCUUAAUGGCCAUUCCUUGA